GGAGAAAUUUAAAGGUCAGUGCGGCACUUUCUGUGAAUCACAAGCUUCUGCGAAACGAUAAGCUUAAACACCACGAACCUUCAUUUCCACUGCUGCUACGCUUUCCUUGUCACUUGAAAAUGUCUGGAAAUGAGAACACCGAGCGUCUGAACAAGUUCAAGAACAAAGGCAAAGAUGCCAAUGAACUUCGACGCAGGAGAGUGGAGGUGAACGUCGAGCUCCGCAAGGCGAAGAAAGAUGAUCAGAUGUUCAAAAGGAGAAAUGUGGCAGCGUUUCCUGACGAGGCGACUUCUCCUCUGCAGGAAAGGACCCAGAACUGCCAGGCCUCCAGACAGUGGACAGUUGAAGAGAUUGUUGCAGGCGUGAACAGCGGUGUUGCAGAAACCCAGCUCCAGGCCACACAGGCUGCACGAAAACUCCUGUCUCGUGACAAGAAUCCUCCCAUUAACCAGCUGAUCAGCGCCGGCCUCAUCUCCAAGUUCGUGGCCUUCCUGGGGCUGGCCGACUGUCCUCCAAUCCAGUUCGAGGCUUCAUGGGCUCUGACCAACAUUGCCUCUGGGACGUCUGAUCAGACAGCUGCAGUUGUGGAGGGCGGGGCCAUCCCUGCCUUCAUCAGCCUGGUCACAUCCCCCCACCAGCACAUCAGCGAGCAAGCUGUCUGGGCCCUCGGAAACAUUGCUGGUGAUGGAUCUGCACUAAGAGACAGAGUCAUCAAGCAUGGAGCUGUGGCCCCUCUGCUCUCUCUGCUGGCAGUCCCUGACCUGUCUGUGUUUAACACCGGCUAUAUGAGAAAUGUCACAUGGACUCUGUCUAACCUCUGCCGCAACAAGAACCCCUCCCCUCCUAUGACCGCCAUCCAGCAGAUCUUACCUGCUCUGAUUCGCCUGCUACACCAUCAUGACCCGGAGGUGCUGGCCGACGCCUGUUGGGCUGUUUCAUACCUGACAGAUGGCCCUAAUGAACGCAUUGAGGUGAUCGUUCAGACUGGCUUGGUUCCUCGCCUGGUGAACCUGCUCGGCUUUGAAGAGCUGCCUGUCGUUACCCCAGCGCUGCGUGCCAUCGGCAACAUCGUGACCGGUACAGACGAGCAGACUCAGGCGGUGCUGGAUGCCGGGGCUCUGACCAUGUUCACCCACUUGCUGCGCCACAAAAAAGCCAAUAUCCAGAAGGAGGCAGCCUGGACUCUGUCCAACAUCACGGCAGGGAAAGACACCCAGAUCCAGGAGGUCAUCAACGCAGGCCUCAUUCCAUACAUCAUCCAAAUUCUUGUCCAGGGUGACUACAAAACUCAGAAGGAGGCAGUGUGGGCUGUUACAAACUUCACCAGUGGGGGCACUGUUCAGCAGGUGGUCUACCUUGUUCAGGCCAAUGUGCUUGAGCCUCUCCUGAAUCUUCUCUCCUCAAAGGACAGCAAAACCGUCCUCGUUAUCUUGGAUGCAAUUACCAAUAUCUUCAUGGCUGGGGAUAAAAUUGGGGAGUCAGACAAGCUGAGUCUGAUGGUUGAAGAAUGUGGUGGACUGGACAAGAUCGAGGCUCUGCAGUCUCAUGAGAAUGAGAUGAUCUACAAAGCAUCCCUCAACCUGAUUGAGAAAUACUUCUCUGAAGAGGAGGAGGAGGUGCAGUGUGUGGCCCCAGAAUCAACCACCGACGGUUAUUCAUUCCAAGUCGGUGACAACCAGAGCGCUUUCAGUUUCUAGAAACCUUUCAGACCUCGACUCUCUUUACUGUACCCUCAUCACUACUGUCUGUCUUUUCUUCAUGUGAUUGUGGACUUUUGCGGUCUUUGUAUGUAUUGUACAUACUGUUUUUUAAUAUGAGAAAAAAAACAUGAUUGUAAAUAAAGUUGUCAGAUCAUG